GAGGAAGGACGGACGGACUCAUUGGCGGCGCGCGCGCUGUUGCCUCGGCGGUUCCCAACGGGGAGGCCGCAGCUUCGGAGAACGCCGAGCGCGCGUGUCAGUUGCUGAGGCUCGGGUCGCAAGGGGCGCACCUCCCCCCUUUAAAUUCGCCUCUUUUCCUUUCUCGUCUCGUCCUUCCCCCGCCGUUUAUUUUUGGCUGCGCCCCGAGAGGCAGGAAGGAGCCGAGCCAUGUCGCGCAGGCGGCACAGCGACGAAAACGACGGAAGGCAGCCGUACAAGAAGAGGAGAACGUCUGAAAUUGAAGAUCGACUAGAAUCCUUGAUAUGCCGAGUAGGAGAAAAGAGUUCUUCUUCUUUGGAGAGUAAUUUAGAAGGCCUGGCGGGUGUCUUGGAGGCAGAUCUGCCAAACUACAAGAGCAAGAUACUAAGACUCCUUUGUACAGUUGCACGUUUGUUGCCAGAAAAGCUGACUGUUUACACAACUCUGGUUGGCUUGCUGAAUGCCAGGAACUACAAUUUUGGUGGAGAGUUUGUGGAAGCCAUGAUUCGUCAGCUCAAAGAGUGCCUGAAAGUCAACAUGUAUAAUGAAGCCGUGUAUUUAAUUCGUUUUCUCUCUGAUCUAGUGAAUUGCCAUGUAAUAGCUGCACCGUCAAUGGUAGCCAUGUUUGAAAACUUUGUUGGUGUAACUCAGGAGGAAGAUGUACCUCAGGUGCGUUGUGACUGGUACGUGUAUGCGUUUCUGUCAUCCUUACCUUGGGUGGGAAAGGAAUUGUACGAGAAGAAGGAUGCCGAGAUGGAUCGCAUCUUGUCCAACGUUGAAAAUUACUUGAAACGCCGUCAGAAAAUUCACGUACCCAUGUUACAAGUGUGGUCUGCUGACAAACCACAUCCUCAAGAAGAGUACCUGGACUGCCUCUGGUCUCAGGUGCAGAAGCUGAAGAAAGACCGCUGGCAAGAACGGCACAUCCUGCGGCCCUACCUGGCCUUUGACAACGUGCUGUGUGAGGCACUGCAGCACAACCUGCCUCCCUUCACUCCGCCACCACAUACAGAAGAUUCAGUCUACCCGAUGCCAAGGGUGAUCUUUCGAAUGUUUGACUACACUGACGACCCCGAGGGUCCUGUCAUGCCUGGCAGUCAUUCUGCUGAGAGGUUUGUGAUAGAAGAAAAUCUCCACUGCAUCAUCAAAUCACACUGGAAAGAGAGAAACACUUGUGCUGCCCAGUUACUGAGCUAUCCUGGAAAUAACAAGAUCCCUCUGAACUACCACAUCGUUGAGGUUGUUUUUUCGGAGCUGUUUCAGCUUCCUAUUCCGCCACACACAGAGGUCAUGUACACAGCGCUUCUCAUUGAACUCUGUAAACUUCAGCCUGGCUCUUUGCCCCAAGUUCUGGCACAAGCCACAGAAAUGCUGUACAUGCGCUUGGAUACUAUGAACACAGUGUGCAUAGAUAGGUUCAACAAUUGGUUUUCCCACCAUUUGAGUAACUUUCAGUUCCGUUGGAGCUGGGAGGACUGGGCAGAAUGUCUUACUUACGAACUAGACAAGCCCAGACCUAAAUUUGUAAGAGAAGUGUUGGAGAAAUGCAUGAGGCUGUCCUACCAUCAGCAAAUAGUAGAUGUUGUUCCUGCCUCUUUUUCAGUUCUAACUCCUGCAAAUCCAGUGUGUAUUUAUAAAUACGGAGAUGAAAGCAACAAGGAUCUUCCUGGGUACAACGUUGCCCUCUGUUUAAACAUCGCCAUAAAAAACAAAGCCAGCAACAGUGAAAUCCUCACCAUCCUGAAGGACGUGCCCAAUCCCAACCAAGACGACGAUGAUGAUGAAGGCUUCUCCUUCAAUCCUCUGAAGAUAGAAAUAUUUGUACAGACCCUUCUUCAUUUGGCUGCCAAAUCAUUCAGUCACUCCUUUAGUGCCCUGGGAAAAUUUCGCGAAGUCUUCAAAACAUUGGCAGAAAGCGAUGAAGGGAAACUUCACACCCUUAGAGUUAUGUACGAACUUUGGAAGAACCAUCCACAGAUGAUCGCUGUACUAGUGGAUAAGAUGAUUCGCACACAGAUUGUGGAUUGUGCUGCAGUAGCAAACUGGAUUUUCUCUCCAGAACUGGCUCAUGACUUCACUCGGUUUUAUAUAUGGGAAAUCUUGCACUCCACAAUCCGGAAAAUGAACAAGCAUGUGGUGAUGAUCCAGAAGGAGUUAGAAGAGGCCAAAGCAAGACUGGCCAAGCAUCACAAACGUCGAGACAGUGAUGACGAUGACCAUCAUAGCAGCGACCGGGAAGAUGGGCCCCUGGGAGAACAGAUAGAACGCUUGCAAGAAAAAGUUGAGUCUGCUCAGAGCGAGCAAAAGAACCUCUUCCUUGUGAUAUUCCAGCGUUUCAUUAUGAUCCUAACAGAGCACCUUGUGCGGUGUGAAACAGGUGGAAUUGAUGCCAUCACACCUUGGUACAAGAACUGUAUAGAGAGGCUGCAGCAGAUCUUUUUACAGCACCAUCAGACCAUCCAGCAGUACAUGGUGACUUUGGAGAACCUUCUUUUCACGGCAGAGUUGGAUCAUCACAUACUUGCCGUUUUUCAACAGUUCUGUGCGCUGCAGGCCUGAGUAGCUGCUGUUUUUUUGUACAGGACCUAUUGAUGUCAUCCUUUUUGAACAAAAAACAGGAAGAUUUGGCAUCUUUUAAUUUGAAAAAGGAGCUUACUGUGCUGUCCUGGAUAAAGCUAUACAGUACUCUAAUGGGGGAAACUUUUAGCAGUAGAGGCCUUACUCUAGUUACAACCGCUAGGUGAUUGGGAUGGAAUAAUGUGUGGAAUUUUUUUAAUUAUUUUGAAAUGGCUUGAAUGCUGGCUUCAUCCUAGCAUUUGUUUUGUUCACUCAAUGGUUUGUAUAAAUAUAGGAAAAAUAGAAUUGGAGUCCCAUUUAUCUUUGCUUGACCCCUCUUGUGAACCCAUUCCUUCAUUUAAUGUGAAGAGAGUCUCGAGAUUUGUGUACCUGGCUGAAGGGCAGUUUUUCUAGUGGGUGACAUUAAACUCCUCGGAACAGAUGCAUAGGACUUGCAGCAGUGCUAAAAAGGUCAAGCCUAGAGUAUAUGUUAUCAACAUUAAUUUUCACAUUUGGAGGAAACAUGGUUGAAAUACAAUUGAAAUAUGUUUUGUAAAAA